UUAAGCCCAUUGAAAACGGCUCAAAGUGGGGGUAAAAAAUUCCUACGAUCUGGCUGCACUGGUGCAUAGUAUAAGCGCGCCACUCCUGUACUAUUAUUUGAUGUCUGAGUCAGUCUGAGUAUUAAGUAACUCAGUAUUAUGUGCACGUGGUUAGAAGACACUAUAUUUUCUAUACUUUGAAAUCGUAUAAAAACAGUACUUGUUGGAAAGUUUAUAACCGCAAUUAUUAUUAAAGUUUCCUGUACUGAUAAUAAAAAUUGCAUUAUCUGAUAGCUAUUUUUACUAAAUACUGUUAUAUUUUGUUAUUCACAAGCCUUGAUUUUUCCAAAUAGUGGUGUAUAUAUUUCAUUAAUUUUUAUAAGUGAAAUACUUUCAACAAGGUUAUGUGUAUUCCAACCUUUAUUCCUGUAAAAAUUAACUUCUUACUAAUAAAUUAUUAUUAAUUAAUUUUUUAUUUUUUAUAAACAAAAACAAUUAAAUAUUGUUGUUUAAAAUGCCUCGAGGCUCGUAUAAAAAGUAUUUACAUCGCUACGGCGAUGGUGUAAUUCCUCGUUCAACUCAUUACAGACAAUUACAACGGCUUCGAGAAAUUUUGGAGAAUGAAAAUAGUCAAGUUCUUGCAAUGCCAGUAGAUAAUAUCGUACAGACAACUACAAUUAAUGCAGCUGAAAUCUCUUCAGUAUGUGUCGAUCAGCAUGCCCCAUCAACAUCAAGCUCAUAUAUACCAAAUGAUAGUUGCAAUAGAAGCCUACUUGGUAAAGAAAACGAAAAUUUAUGGCUGUAUGAUGAUUAUAAUGAGCAAACUCAAGAAGAUGAAAUUUGGUUUGAUGUUGAAGAAUUAACAUCAAGUGAAUAUUCUGAUCAGAAUUUAGAUAAUGAAAAUGAUGAGGUCCUACACGAUGAAAGCCAUACUGAUGAGGAUUUAUACAAUGAACCUCUUUGCAAAUGCACGUCAGUAACAAGAGGAGAAGCGUUGUUAAUGACACUUUUAUUAGGAGUAGAGGAAUCUUUGACAUGGAAGUCGAUUACUGCAAUUUUAUCGCUAAUAAAUACCUUAUUCGGUAGGAAGGUUGUCAACAAUUCAAAAUAUAAAUUGUUCAAGGACUUACAACUAAAUGAAAAAAUGAUAUCAUUUCAUGUGUAUUGCAAUAAUUGUAUGUAUUAUUUUGGUGUACAAAAUAAUUCAGAUACGGAAGGAUUAAUAUGUGAAAAUUGUGGAAACUCCGAUGAGCCUUCAGAUAUUUCAUGUUUUAUAACUCUUGAUAUGAAGACGCAAUUGAUAACAUCACUGCAGGAUCCUGAAGUACAGCAAGCAUUAUUUGAACAUUUUGAAAAAAAAAAAAAUAUUGAAGAUAACGAUACUAUUAAAAAUAUUACCGAUGGGCAAAUAUAUAAAAAAUUGUGUGAACCAAAUAAACCAUUAUGUCAAAGUCAUAACUUAACGUAUACAUUUAAUACGGAUGGCUGUCAGAAAUCAAAGUCUAGCAAAAUGUCAACUUGGCCAAUAUUUGCAGUUAUCAAUGAAUUACCGAUUAAACUUCAGAAAAAACAUAUGGUGAUGUCUGCAAUAUGGGUUAAUAAUAAGGAUCCAGAUAUGCAGUUAUUUUUGAAACCAUUCAUUGAUGAAGCAAAUGAAUUAUCAGAUAAAGGUUUUGAAUGGAUGUUGAGAGAUCAAGUCAUAAAAAGCAAAUUUAUUCCAAUAUGCUCUGUUGUUGAUUCAGUAGCCAGAUGUAAAAUGUUAAAUAUGAAACAAUUUAAUGGUUUUUACGGUUGCACUUUCUGUGAGCACCCAGCAGAUUCGGUCGAUGGAUCAAUAAGAUUUUGCAUAUCAACAAUAAUUCCGAAAGAUCGCACUGACGCUUCAAUAAAAAAAAAUAUGGAACUUGCAGCUGAGAGUGAAUAUGGGAUCAACGUUAAGGGUGUUUGGGGGCCAUCAGCAUUGAUGAAUUUAAAGUAUUUUGACAUUGCUGAUGGAAUGUCUCCAGACUACAUGCAUGCUUUUCUGAUAGGCGCAGUAAAGCAGCAUACUAAUAUUUUAUUAACAUCAGUUGGUGAAGAAUAUUAUAUUGGUAAUCCUAACCAGCUAAAUAUCAUCGAUGAACGAUUAUUGAAUUUUAAACAUCCUACUUGCAUAACACGUUCAUCAAGAACUAUAAAAGAUAGAGAAAUGUGGAAAGCAAAUGAAUGGCGGUCAUGGCUGCUUUUCUAUUGUUUAAUUUGUAUGAAAGGAAUUCUUCCUAACAAAUAUUUAAACCAUCUUGCUUUACUCGUUGAAGCAUUAUGUGUAAUGCUGUCUGGAAAAAUAACGGUGAAAGAAUUGCGUAGAGCUGGUCUUUUAUUAAUAAGAUAUGUUGUACUAUACCAAGAAUAUUUUGGUAAAGCAGCCAUGACUUACAAUAUUCAUUUACUUCUACACAUGGAAAAAAGCGUAUUUAAUCUUGGACCAAUAUGGUACCACAGUACAUUUAUAUUUGAAAAUGAAAAUCACUUCAUUUUGAAAAUGCAAAAAAGUCCAGCUCAUUUAGCUCUUCAAAUUGCUCGGAGAUUUACGUUUGAGAAAUCAUUACCAAUAUUAAGCAAGAAAUUAAUUAAAAGUAAUGGUUUCAAUGUUUUUUGCGAACGCUAUUUAACGGGAAGAUUAAAAAAUACAUUUCAAGUUGAUGGAUGUACCCUAAUUGGUAAAGGAAAAAAUUACCAAUUAACAAUGAGUGAACAAAAACUUUUGAAAGAAAUCGGGCAGUGUCGAUCAUUUAAUAGAUUUAUCUAUAACGGUAAUCGCUAUACAUCAAGGAGUUAUCGAUUAUGUCAAAAAAUUGAUGACUCUUUAAUAGUGCUAAAGAAUGGAGAAAUAGGUAUGAUAAAAAAUAUAUUAUAUUUCAAUACAGAAGUAAGUAAAGAAAUUUAUAUUUUUUAUGAAGAAAUAGUUAAACAAAAUGAAUAUUUUCAUACAACUAGCCAUGUAACAGUACAUAAUAUUGAAAAAUGUAAACUCACACAUAAUCUGCGUUUCUGUAAGCCAGAAAUGAUUGAGCAGCCAUGUAUUUUGACAAAAAAUUUAGACGAAUAUUAUGUAAUUAAAAUACCAGAAGGAUGUUGUAAAAGUGAAUAAGGACAACAAUACAUGAAGCUACGGUUACCAUACAAAUGGAACAACUUAGAGUUAGCUAAAGAACAUAUGAUUUAGAAUUUAACAAAGUAAAAAAUUUUAUUACACAACGAAAGAAAAUCUUAAGUGUGAUCAACAAUGUAUUUUUGCAAAAUUGUAUAUACAGUUGUUUUUUCAUAAAUAAGAAUAAAAUUUUUCAGUAAGGAAACAAAAUAAAAGAUGUGAUUUGAUAAGUAAUAUUGCAAAAAAGUAUUCGCUGUUCUCAGAAACUGUUUUCAACGUUGUAAAAUAAAUCAUUAAUAUUAUAAACUCUUAUUGAAAGUAUUUAUAAGAAUGUUGCCUUAAGUUUCACAUUAAUGAAUAUUUACUUUACUAGCACUUGAAAAUCCCUUAAAUGGUAAUGAAAUGUGUAAAAUAAAUUCAUAAA